UCCUGAUGUUCAGAAAAGGGUGCAUCUUGGAGGCGAAUAUUUUGAUUUUGAGAAUAGCUAGUUGAGAAACGCUGCUAGAAUGGCCACAGCAGCAGAGGACCCUGAACUGGAAGGAGAGGAAGUAGAGUCGGGAGAGGAUGAAGCAGCCAGUGUUUCUUAUCCGCUGACAGUACCCUACUGCGGGAUCUGCACACUUCCUAUUGAGUAUUGCGAGUUCACGGCAGACUAUGAGAAAUGCAAGGAGUGGUGGAAAGUGAACGAGCCAGACAGUUAUACGAGAGUCAUAGAACAGGGUGCUGCUGAUCUUUCUCUGGACGCUGGCGGCAAGAAGGGCAGACAAACAAGGGGCGGGAAAGCACUGAAGAAGACAAAGAAGAAGGAGGUGGAAAAGCGAGUCACAGUUGCCCGUGCAAGCCGUGGCAAGAGAAAAUAUGUCACUAUCAUUGCUGGCCUUACGUCACUAGAGAUCGACUUAAAGAAAGCAGCCAAGAUGUUCGGCAGUCGCUUCGCCAGUGGCUCCUCCGUGACUGGACCGGAUGAAAUUACUAUCCAAGGUGAUGUCAACUAUGACCUCAUAGACUUUGUCCAGGAAAAAUGGCCCGAGAUUACGGACGAUGUCAUUGAGGACAUUGGUGAUCAGAAGAUUUCGAAGAGAUGACAGUACCCACCAUGCAUGUCCCUGUCUUCUCUACAAGUGACUUACACCAUUCCGAUGUACCGAGCGGCAUUGCAGUGCGUCACGCGGCUGGUGGGGGGAUUUGACAAGAACGGAUACUUCAACAUUGUGUCAACGUAACAUUACACCUGCUCCUCCGGGUGCUCUCGAUUUCCCCCGUGCAUUUCUCCAGUCCUGCAAUGUGCUUGCCUGUCCUCCGCCACUACACUACCAACAUGUACAUGUGUUUCUCUGCAGUAUUUUGUGAGGUAGUUGUCGUGCAAGUGGCUGCCGAGUUUGCCUGCAUAGCGGCGCUUUCCGUCGAGCUAUUUUCCAAUUAUUGGACGUUAUUUUUACGUACUGUCAUUGCUAUGAUCUACAUGUAGAUAAUCAUCCUGAUGAGUGAUGGUUCACGACAUGAAACUGCUUUGCUAGUUGAUCUGUGCAUAGCGUGCAGUUGAUGUGUGGCUUGUUGUUUCAUUGAGGCCCAGUGGAUCAAAUUUGAGAUUGCAUUGCGUGUAUGUUUUCUGUGUA